CACGGGUUCUUACUGCUUUUCAAAUGUUGUGAUAACGCUGAUGAUAAUAUUUGUGAUACAAUUUUCUUUUUUUUUUUUGUAAUACUGUAAGUGGGGUUGAGUUAACACGGACCACAACACCCUGGCACGGUCGGGCCAAAAGCGUAGCGGACUAAACUUGGCACAGGUUUCUCCGGCAGCCCAUGUUAUAACGUCCCAUUCCCUUAAAUGUUGGCAGAUGAAACUCUACGUGGACCGCUGACAGCUCUGUAGGACACACAAAACGCACGCGCUGCAGCAACAAAGUGGCAAUGUUUAACUUCCAGUCUUUCCAGCUUUACCGGCGCGUUGUUGUGACACACACCUAGCUUUGUUAUGAGUGUUUUAAAGCUGUCUAUUAAAGAGGUAUUCACGUGUUCAGUUAUUCCGUUCACUGUAUGGCGAACUGUACACGGCCAUUUUAAAAGUCAAUAUUUAAACAACAUCCCCUCGAUACACUAAUUGUAACGUGACAAAGUUUUAAGCCAGGUCAUUUUUUAAAUAUUUUUUUACCUGUCGUCUGUAGAGGAUUGCAGGCAAAUUCUGCAGUAGCCAAAACAAUAAAAUGUAUAAAUGUCUUGAAAAGGCAAUGCAUUAAAAAAAAGGUCACAUUUUCAUAAAAUGUGCCUUAUCUUUUAUAUGAUGUACUAUUGAUCGUAUUCUGAUUAUUUCAGGGACCUUUCAGGACAUUUUAAGGCGAGUUCACGUAGGUGUGACUGGCAAAUUAAAAAAGACAGUUGGUUAGUUUUUGUAUUACUGUGAACCACAGACACUGCGUUGAAUUAUCUAAACUGGAAAAAGAGCGAUCGCAUGUUGUUGACACGGAGCUCGGGGGUAAAGGGUGCCAGAGCUGCAGGAGGGAAAUGUCCCUUUUCCGUUUCUGUGUGACCGAGGCUGUGCUCCAAAGUCCCCGAAGCACACACACACACACACACACACACACACACACACAUAGACACGGAAAAAAAAUGUGCUGGAGUGAUAUGUAUGCUGUGUUUUCAGGUCGUCUAGGAGGAGAAGAAGGUGCUGGAUGGUGGAUAGGGGUUGUGUGUUAGAAGGAGGAGGAGGAGGAGGAGUGUGACUGUGUAAUUACGUGGGUGAAAAAAAAAAAAAAGUUGGGUCUGAUUUGCUGGAAUCGCGCAGGACUGAAGGUGCACCGGUCGAUUUCACAUCAAGUUUGGUUAAAGCAAGGGGUGAACAUCACACACUCGGUGCCCUCUGAAGCUUCCCACAAUGCUUUUAUGAACGAGAUACCACAGCACCGAGACGCGCGCAAAGAGCCCGUGUUGUAGCCAGAGGAGUACGCCGCAGCCCCGUUUGCACCGGCUCUACGGGUAGAACUUUGCAAGCGCUUAUACCUGCAUGUCAACUUUAAAAACAUCUCCAGCAUAAAAAAUCUUCUUCUGUUUUUCUGCGGAGACGACAAUCUUUGGAUCGCAAAAAUUAAUGGAUGUUCUUGGAUAACCUCGUAUCGUUUUACGCGGAGAGCUGCUCCACAGUCUUGCACGGUGCACGUCGGUCCAGGAAUGGCGCGAUAAAGUGAUCAGAGGAAUCAGUCCAAGUCCAUUCACGUUUUGUGUUGCCGUCUCGUCAUGUAUUCUCCAAUUUGUCUCACUCAGGAUGAAUUUCAUCCCUUCAUCGAGGCGCUCCUUCCUCACGUCCGCGCCAUCGCCUACACGUGGUUCAACCUCCAGGCCAGAAAACGCAAGUACUUCAAGAAGCACGAGAAGCGGAUGUCCAAGGACGAGGAGCGUGCGGUGAAGGACGAGCUUCUGGGCGAGAAGCCCGAGGUUAAGCAGAAAUGGGCGUCCAGGCUGCUGGCCAAGCUGCGUAAGGACAUUCGGCAGGAGUACCGGGAGGACUUUGUCCUCAGCGUGACGGGUAAGAAGCACCCGUGCUGCGUGCUGUCCAACCCGGACCAGAAGGGCAAGAUCCGCCGGAUCGACUGCUUGAGGCAGGCCGACAAAGUUUGGCGUCUGGACCUGGUGAUGGUCAUCCUCUUCAAAGGCAUCCCCCUGGAAAGUACAGACGGGGAGCGCCUCGUCAAGUCUCAACAUUGCACCAACCCAACACUUUGUGUCCAGCCACACCACAUAACAGUAUCGGUCAAGGAGCUGGACUUGUUUCUAGCGUACUAUGUCCAGGACCAAGACUCGCGGCAGUCAGGAAGUCCCAGUAACAAUGAGCCAGGCAAGAACCCUCUUCCAGUCUACUUGGAAGACAGCUUCAUCAAAUCAGGAGUCUUCAGUGUUACAGAACUGGUGCGAGUGUCCAGAAUGCCCAUCACCCACGGUGCUGCGGUAAACUUCUCCAUGGCCGACAUGCCCAGCCAGCCCUACUAUCAUGACCUGAACUCCAGCGUGGGGCUGCACCGCUCCCUGUCCUCCCCUCCUGGCAGCAAAAGGCCCAAAACCGUCAACAUGGAGGAGAACAUGGACACCAGCCCGACAGGACCUGACUUUUACUCGUCACCCAGCUCGCCAGCCAGCAGUCGGGCCAACUGGCAUGAUAGAGAAGGAGACAUGUCCUCUCCAACCAUGAAGAAGCCAGAGAAGCCGCUGUUCAGCCCCACCUCCCCGCAGGACUCCUCACCACGACUCAGCACUUUCUCUCAGCCUCAUCACCCAGGACUAACAGGUGUAGGACACAGUGUUAUAUCGACGAGGAGCCCCCCUCCACACUCGCCCCUGCAGUUCUCAGCCUCGGCUAUCUUGCCCCCGGCGCCGUCGCCCUACUUCUCGCACACCACCAUCCGCUACCCGCCCCACCUCAACCCAGCCGAUACCCUCAAGAGCUACGUGCCGUCAUACGACCCGUCCAGCCCGCAGAGCAGCCAGCCUAACAGCAGUCAGGUCGGAAAGGUCCCAGGCCACUUCACCCCAGUUCUGGCUCCCUCCCCACACCACGGCGCUGUGCGACCCGUCUCGCUCUCCAUGCCAGACACCAAGCCCAUCACCACAUCUACAGAAGUGAUGGCAUGUUACCCAGGCUACUCAGCCCCUGGCACCCCGACGGCUAACCGUUUUGUAGGCCUGAGCCCAAGAGAUCCAGCCUUCCUCCACCAGCAACAGCUGAGGAAGUGUGACUGGAGCGUGACUCAAAACGGCAGGCAUUAUGGCCCCAGUGCCACUGACGACACUUUGGGGAUUACUUGGCAAAGUCCUGGUACCUGGGCGAGCUUAGUUCCAUUCCAAGUGUCGAACGGGACUCCGAUUCUGCCAACAAAUGUCCACCAGAACUACAGCAUAAACAUCAUUGGUGAGCCCCUGGUCCCCGCUGAGACAGGGAACUGAACACACGGAGGCCGGAGGACCCCCACUCCCUCCCCCCUCGGGUGAAUGCGUUGACGGGGGUGUUGGCGGUGCCCAGUUAGCACUAAAGGUGUCCGCAGCCAUGGAUGAAACCAGCAAGCAGCACGAGCUGCACAAUCGUCCCCCUCCCAGUCUCGUCCCUUCCAUGACCCCCCCCCCCCCCCCCUCCCGUUCCAUUUCCCAUUAAGGACAUUGGCCGCGAAGUGAAGAAGAGGGUCGGUUCAGAGGAAAGAGAAAAAAAGGAAAAGCUUCAGGUCUGCUGACUCCUCGCCCUGCCCAGCCCACACAUCCACCACCCACCAGUCAGUUGUUGUGUUUGCAGAACUUUUCAAUCCAUUCAAAUACUGUGAUGUAUAGAUGCCUUAAUGUUUUAUUGCAUGACACUCUAGUCUCUUAGCGGCAAUUCCUACUAUUUUUCCAUGUUGAGGGAAGUUGUACAAUCUUGAUUCGCAUACACACACACACAAGUGAAGAGGUCUGCGUAUCGACACCUUCUGCCUGGUGGAUGGCUUCCGAGACUCGAAGCUCUCCGAUCAGACCUCUUGAAAAGAGGCUUUCCCUCGUCAAACGAUUCACUGUGUACACCAUAGGAACAAAAAAAAAAAUUGUGAAUUCAGAGUGUUUCUUUUGAUUUUGAUUUCAGUUUACUGUGAUACGACUCUUUGUUCAGAAAAAAAAUGUGUUGACUUUGUUUAUUCUUAACUACUACUUACUUCAAGAAUUAACGUAAAUGCUUACGGAAAGAGUUGAGAACUCUCGGUGCGGUUUUCAAAAAACACUAAACGUUUGGCUUGAGAUUGGACCCCUCAUUAAAGAAUUUGCAACUCCUUUACAAAAGGAUUUAAAAAGACGGAGAAUAAGAAAAUCUCGAUAGAGGCAAGUGCAAUUGAAUUUUUGAAGGGAAGCUAUCAGUCUGUCAGCCCUAAGACUCUAAAGGAAUGGGGGAUAAAUAUUAAAUGGUUUUAUGGGUAAAAUGUUGAAGAAAACAUUUGAAUUUGAUUUCAGUCACAUAAUCCGUCUUCUCACAUGAGAACAACAUCAGGCGGCAGUUGAAGGCAAGCACUAAGCUACCUGUUCAGCGCUGAGCAAAACCAGCACUUCUUUUGAGCCCUUCCCAUCAUUAUGGGGAGUUUUUUUUAAUUUAUUUUAGGUAAAAAAAAAUAACCGAACAUAAGAAAAGAAGCGAGACACACAUAGUGUAUAAAAAUGGCAUUUCAUGUUUUUUUUUUUAUUUGUAAAUGUUCACGAUAAUAUCAAGAGCAUUAUGCAUUUGGGCCAUCAGCUUCUAAAGCUUGUGUUUACAAAAAAAAUAUAAGGAAUGCAAAGUGUUUAUCCAUGGAAAUGUACAAUUCAUGCAAAUGUACAGUAGGCUUUCUGUAUAAAGCUACAGUUUGUGCAAGGGUUAAUAACUCUGCAGUGGAAGAGGUUGAAAACUGAAAUUAUGAAUCCAGGUGGUGGCAAAUCCCUGAAAUCUAGAAUUGUGCACGGCAUGUUCACAGCCAUUGCCUCUCCAGUCCGGACGUAUUUAUACAAGGAAAAUCUCUCCAAUACUCUUAAUUUGCACGAUGACAUAUAGUCCACAUUACGUGCCUUGCCUUUGAAUAUAGAGACAUCACUACACUUGUUUUUGCUGCAUUUAUCAUUAUAGAAAGAAAUUAACAAUUUUAUGAUAAGAAUUGUUUUGUACUCUGAAUGAAAUUAUUGAUUUUUAACUUUACGUACUACUCUAUCUCACAGUUGCAUUGCAUAUCAAGGCUGUGUGUAGUUGCCGUUCUAAAGUUUGUAAUCAACCAGCGUUUUUUUUUCUUUCAGUAUUUUGGUGGUUUUUCUAAUAACCUGUCAUCUUUUGUUUUCCUUGUUUUUCAAUGCUCAUUUUGUUCAUCUUCCAAUUACUAUUGUGGAGGGUGGAAUUCAGAAUUAUGAAAAUUAUGCAAUACCAAGUUUUGCCUAUGUAGGUAGUGCUUAUAGAUGCGUCAAUUAUUAGAGGCUAGUUUGGAGAUAGACAAUAUUGUAAUGCAUUUAUUUUGUUGAUAUCGUUGUUUGUCGUUGUUGUUGUUGUUGAUGAUGUUGUUGUUGUUGUUGUGGGUGUUUUCCUUUUUUAUUGACCAAAGUGGGGACUGCUUUCUAUGCAGUUUAUGACAAGGUCUUUUUUUUUUCUUUAGCAUAUAGGCCUACCGAAUGACGGUGAGACGUGUCCCAGUGUAUUUUUGAAUUCGGGAGUUUUAGGGGGAGGGGCGGUAUUUCUUCCAGAAGUAAAAAUGCACCCUUGGUCUUUCUACGACUGCAAAGUCACUGAUUGGUCGACUGUGACUCUUACUUUCAACUUUCCACCUGGGGUGCUAGCAUGUGACCUUGAAGGAGCUCAUUCUUUUUCAGAGGAGAGACGGCUUGACUUGAGUAUGACAAUCAUUUUAAGGAAUCAUUUUUGCGUAGAAUCCCAUCCUCUCAUAAAUCCCUCGAAAAGCCGCAACUGACGACAAUUACUGUUGCACGCUCGUAUCGAAUACCACGGCGUACUAUUCUAAGCGUCACCGAAUGCAAUUCCCAAGUAGAUGCCUUAAACACAUCAGUGAAGUGGCCUGUGACCUGCGCAACAAUCACACACCGACUAAUGCUAGUGAGACCUGUCCAAAUCAGUUCCAGACAGGCUCAAGCAAGCCUUUAGAAAGUAUUUUAUAAGGAGUAGAUUUGUAUAAAUGUAUAUACGAUGUGCACAUAUGUCAAUUCCUGAGACACUUCCCCCAGCAGAAAGCCCAGUAGAGUAUGUUGAAGUAAAUAUUAGAGCCACAGAAGCGUGGUAUUGUCCAGUGGCCCAGUAGAAGCUUAAAUAGAAUCCACUAGAAGAAAAAAAAAUAGCACUUAACUAGCACAUAGGCAAUCGUCUUCUUCCCCCGUUCAGUGUUUUGAACCUAGUCUUAAACUAAAUCUCUCAGGCGUAUUACUGGGCAUUAUUUAUAUAAUCAUUAUCUUACCAUUUUUCAUGUAAAGACAACAUCAAUACGACUUUUCUCACAGUGAGAGCAGCACCUCCAAUGCUGCUAUGACACCUUUUGCACUCUUUCCCCACAAUCGUGAAAGAAAUGUUCCCCUCGGAGAGACGGUAGUACCGGGAGCUCUCCCGCUGUAGUUAGCGGAGGGCUAAGAAGCGGAAAAACAUUUUUUAAAGUAAUCCUCAAGUCAAGCUCUGUCUCUCCGUCUUCACCCAGAUAUCUUAUGCAGAGAAACAAAUUGAAAAAGUCACCCCGUUCUAUGUGCACUGUUCUGUCUUCUUUUGUUGUUUUAUUCUUUUAUUUUUGUUCUUUUAAAAAGAAAAACUACAAGUGCUUUUUAGCCUUUGGCCAUUGGAGACCCCACUGACGUGCAUUGUCCCCAAGUGUGUUUGUGAGUGGGUGUGUGUGUGUGUGUGUGUGAGUGAUAAAUGUGUCAGGGUCACUGUGCUGUUGGUGUUUAUUUGAAUAGGAGAUUGUACAUAAAGGUAAAUAUCCUGAGUGCGUCAAUAGCAGUAGUCUGUGGGCUUGAACUCUGCUUUGGUAGCAUGAGCGUUCGUAUGCAUGCGCGCGCGCGUGUGUGUGUGUGUGUGACUUUGUGAGCUGGAUGUGUGAUCGAGUGCCUCUGACACAAAACAAUGAGAGAAGAUGAGGGUCUUUCUAUUGAAAAAAAAAAAAAGCCUGCCAUGGGACAGGAGUUUGUACACUGUAAACUUUCUCGAGAGUUCUCCUCUUAAGCCCUUAUUUGUAAAUCUUCAAUUCUGGGGGAAAAUAAGUCAAUUCCAUUUUAGGAAAAAAAAAAAAAAAAGCAAAUUUAAUUUGGGUUUUUCUUUUGGAGGCUGGAUUUGAGUUAGAACUCUCCAGGUUUUCCCAAUUAGUAGAGUCUAAAGUGUUUUCAUCAGUUGUGUUCCUGUAUGUAAAGUAAAAAAGGGGGGAAAUAUUCUAUACAGACAUAAAUAUUAAAAAACAACAAUGAAGGCUUUUUUUUAUUAUAUCUUGUUAUUAUUUCUGAUCUUGGUUAGUGCUUAGAUAUUUCCAUUUGGGAAACACUUCAUUAAUAUUUGAAUUGUUGUUCUUCCCUUAGCGUGGCCAUAGCAAGUGUGAUAUGAUUUAACUCUUUUUUUUGGGGUGUGAAUUCUUGUCCAACAAGAUCUUGGUGUGAGUGUGUUUCUUGUAGCAGCUGGGGGUGUAUUCACUUAACCAGUAGAAAAGGCCCCAGAUUGCACCUGACCUAAAGCGAGAAGCAGGGUAAAAUCCGUAGUGACAAACUUCCUCGAUUAAUCUAUGAGACGGUUUCUUUUUUUCUUUCUUUUCAGAGGAAAUGUUGCAAGACGACAUAGAUCGGAUUUGGGCCGGCCAAUUUUGAGCCGUCUGCUUUGCUCAUAUGCAGACGACUCUCUGAAAUAUCUCUUUAAAAUUCAGUAAGACCAUCUAGGCAUUGCUCAUUUUGCACAUUCCACAUGCUGUCAAUGCCUGAUAGGAUUUGGGAAACACUUCAUUCACACUACAAACAAACAUUACUUUAACUGCAGGUGCUUCAGAAUAGGGUACUGUACCUUCCAGUUGAUAAUAGCUAGUGUAUUUGCGCAUUGGUUAAGUUUUUCUAUUGCUACACAGGGUGUGAUUGUAGUCUGUCAAAACGUUCUUGUAACUUUACAAAAUUGUAAUCAAUGUUCCACCCACCAGAAAGAGCCGUAUUUAAGUCAGAUUUGACACUCGCAGCAACCUUUUUUUAGAAAGUAUUAUGUCGUUGAUCACUACGAUCAUCGAGAAACAGGACAACUUUAUGGCACUCACGCAAUAUGUGCGAUUUUCCUUUUAUCAGAAUGUCACGCACUCUGUGGGGACUGAGAGGGCGAAUGCAUGCAGACUUAGAGGAAAAGAUUAGAACUUCAUUUCCAUCCUACAUGAGCAAUACACACCUUCCAUAUAUGUUGGCUGGCUGCUAGUCACUUGGCAUCAGGUUACUAUAAAACAUAAAAACCAGCAUUUCUACAGGAUGUAAUAUUCACCAAAAGAAGACAAAAAGAUAGCAAUGCAGUGCCUGUUCAAGCUGUCUAUUGUAUAUAAUUGUAAAAUGUGAUAGACUUACUUUCAUAUGUGACAAGAAAAACACCAUCACACAGAACCGAAUGUUGCAAACUCAUUUAGAAAUAUGCUCUUUAUUACUUUUUUGAUAUUUUUUUUGUUUGUUGCGAUUUAUUAAUUAUGUCAGCACACAAUGCCCACAUCAAGCUUGUUCAAAAUGUGAGAGGAAAUCUUUUCUUUUUCUUCUUUUUUUCUUUUCGGGAGGGGCAGUGGGGAUCAGUGCUACAAUAAGAGCAGUGAAAGGAUGAACCAAUGUCUUUUCUUAAGAUUACUCAUCAGUUUUCUCUGCAGGGCUGGUUUAUCUUUUGGGUCUUGUGGCACUUUUACGUCCCUCUGCGCACACAUUUCGACUUCAUGAAUCAUGGUGGAAUUAUAUAUAACGAACAACAACAACAACACCAACAAAACAAUAUGUAAACAGUCUCCAGUAGUGAUCGUAGUUACACUGCAAGUGUGUGCAAAGGUCUAUGUAUGUAUCUGAAUGUACGUUUUAGAGGACUUUUUGGAAACCUUUUUUGUUUUUUAUCUUUUCAUUGACAGUUUAGGAGCCACAGGUGUCCAUUGUGAACUGUAUAGCGAAGGCCUUGAUAUCCCUUUUUUUAUUGAUUUUAGAAAUGCCGAGCAUUAGGCGAUGCCUUCAAGCUGGUUACAUUUGGUGCAGGGGCUAAAAUUGCCACAAGAUUAAAAUCAGUGUAAAUAAAGGCUCAACUUUUUGUGAUUGUUACUGUUAUAUCCAGCCUAUACUGCUAGCAGCUGUUUUUACUGCAGUCAAUUACUGGAAGUGGAUAUAUUUCCUAUGCAAAACUGUUUAAACAAUAAAAUGAGCUAUGCUACAAAAAUGA